AUGCCUUUUUUUAAUUACAGAACAAGAACUACGAGCCUAAAUCUGCUAGUUCUAGCUUGCAUAUGUUUUGUGCACAGUUUUGCAGAGCCUCCAAGGUUUGAACACUUGACAAAAGGUGAUGGAUCACUGAGCUUUUUGGUGAUUGGAGAUUGGGGCAGAAGGGGUUUUUACAACCAAACCCUAGUCGCAUAUCAGAUGGGAAAGGUUGCAGAGAAACUAAACAUAGACUUUGUCGUCUCAACUGGAGAUAACUUUUAUGAUAAUGGAUUAGAAGGCGUAGACGAUCCAGCAUUUGAAGAUUCCUUCACAAAAAUUUACACCGCUAAGGGUUUGCAAAAGCAAUGGUAUUCUAUUUUGGGAAAUCACGACUAUAGGGGUGAUGUUGAGGCACAAUUAAGCCCCAUCCUUUCGAUGAUUGAUGGUCGAUGGCUUUGUCGACGAUCUUUCCUCGUUAAUACAGAAAUGGCGGAUAUUUUCUUUGUCGACACCACUCCAUUUGUGGAGAAGUACUUCGCAGACGAUGAGCACAAUUACAAUUGGCAAGGGCUGUUACCUCGAAGAAAAUACAUUGCCGAAACCCUAGAGGCCCUGGAAUCGGGACUAAGAGAUUCAAGUGCAAAUUGGAAAAUGGUUGUUGGUCACCAUGCAAUUAGAAGUGCUGGAUUUCACGGCGAGACUGAAGAGCUCAUUCAGCUUCUGCUCCCAAUACUCAAGGCCAACAAUGUGGAUUUUUACAUGAAUGGACAUGACCAUUGCUUGGAACACAUUUCCAGCCUUGAUAGUCCAAUUCAAUAUUUAACGAGUGGAGGAGGCUCAAAGGCUUGGAGGGGUGACACUAAACAUGAGCAUUACCAUGAUGGUAUGAAAUUCUUCUAUGAUGGUCAAGGUUUCAUGUCUGUCGAGUUGACUCAGGCAGAAGCUCAAAUUAUGUUCUAUAAUGUUUAUGGCGAUGUUCUUCACAAGUGGAAGACGUCUAAGGAGUUUCACUCUGCAGUAUAA